CUGACUACCAACGUUGUCAGACCUCACCGUAUUAUAAAUCCAUUGCUCCCUGCACUACGAGCCCGCAAAACUCGCACAAACAUUUAUAUCUCGUCCGUCGUGGCGUCCGUCACCAAAGAGGUCGGCUCGCAUUGGGGAUUGCAGGGCACUUCGGCUAUCAGCAAGGCCGCAGGUAACAUGAUAGCCGUCCAGUUCCACAAUGAGCUUCAUCAAGAAGGAUUCACCAUAGUCGCCAUGCACCCCGGAUGA